AUGGCGGCCGCUCAGAAAGCAGGAACAGAUCUCGUUUUUGGACCCGGUGUUAAGAACUGGAAAAAAGCAGCUGAUUUAUUUGAAAAACACUCAAAGGCUAUUUACCACAACGAUGCUGUGAAAGUCCUUGUUGCGAAACAAGGACAGCCACAUUCGUCCGUCGCUACGCAAGUCACUUCCGCUCGCAAUGAGCAGCAAAACCAGCUACUCACCCAGUACUGCCCUGAGCUGAAAGAUUUGUUAACACGGAAGAAAAAUUGUACCUCGCCACAGAUUCAAAAUGAAAUAGCCCAGAUUGCCGCCCAUAAAAUACUUAAUGAUAAGCGCGAGCAAAUAAGAAACUCCGAGUUUUUUUCCCUCAUAAUGGACGAGGCAUCCGACGAAGGUACAAAGAAGCAAAUGUCCAUUAAUGUUCGUGUUGUCAACGAAGAUCUCGAAUCAGAAGAAAUUUUUCUUGGGCUCUACGAAGUAUCGUCUACUACUGGUGAAAAUCUAAUCAAAGUUGCUCUCGAUGCUCUCACAAGACUCCAGCUGCCCCUUGCAAAUUUGAGAGGGCAAACCUACGAUGCUGGCAGCAACAUGAGGGGCGCCGUGAAGGGAGUUCAGGGCCGAAUCAGGGAACUGCAGCCACUUGCAGUGUAUGUUCACUGCUUCAACCAUAGCUUAAAUUUGGCUCUACAAGACACCGCAAAGAGUGUUACUCUUGUGAGAGACUGCACGGACUGGACAAGGGAAGUGGCUAAUAUGAUAAGGCGGUCACCCCACAGACGAGCAAUGUUCGACACCUUUGCUCAAGAGCAUCCAGAGGCUAAAGGUACCAACUUGCAGCCAGUGUGCGCCACGAGGUGGACCAUGCGGACUCCUGCGACUACAGGAGUAUUAGACAACUACCCAGCAGUUAUUGAGACGUUGGACGAGAUCGGUGCUUCGACGGCAGACGGAGCGACAACAGCUGCAGGCCUGGCCGGCAAACUUAAGAAAGGUUCAACUUACCUCGGAAUUCUUUUAAGCAGAGAAAUUUUUAGCCCCUGCGAGUUGGCCAGCACCAAACUCCAGAAGCCAGGACUGACAGUGAGUGAAGGACUAGAAAUUAUAGAGCUUCUCUACGGUCGGUUCCACCUCCUCCUCGUCAUCCUCAUCCAGUGA